AUGUCCAGAAGAUUCCUUCCUAAUAUAAUAAUAACUGGUACUCCAGGCUGUGGUAAGACAUCUCAUUCCGAAAGUCUUGUAUCACAUUUAAACCAAGAGAUAAAAGAUGGCAAGAACAAAUUCAAUCAUUUGAAUGUAAGUGAAGUUGCCAAAGAAAGAGGAUGUAUUGAAUCAUAUGAUGAAAGAUUAGAUACCUCUGUUGUCGAUGAAGACAAAUUGUUAGAUUCAUUGGCAGUAGAUAUGGAAAAAGGAGGUGCUAUAAUAGAUUGGCAUUGUUGUGAUAUUUUCCCAGAAAGAUUAGUUGAUUUAGUUGUUGUUUUAAGAACUGAUAAUUCAAUCUUGUAUGAUCGUUUGAAGAAGAGGAAUUAUAACGAAGCCAAGCUUCAAGAGAAUAUAGAUUGUGAGAUCAUGGAGGUUGUUUUAAAUGAUGCCAGAGAUGGAUAUGUGCCUGAAAUUGUCAUUGAAUUGAAUUCAAAUAGCGCCGAAGAUAUGGACGAAAAUGUCGAUAGAAUUAGUUCAUGGGUCUCUGGAUGGAUUGAAGAUCACCCAAAGGGGGUCACAAAUGAGUUGGAUCCUGAGAUUGCUGCUGCUAAGCUAGCUGAACAGGGUGAUAGUGAUGAAGACGCCAGUGACGAUGAAGAAGAUGACGAUUCCGAGGACUACGAUUCCGAGGACUACGACGAAGAUUUUGAAGUAGGAGUAGAGGAAGGUGACGAGGAAGGUCACUACGAGUAA